UAGGUCAAUCAAUAUAUGAACCUUUUCCCAUAUGAGUCAACUCUCCCUACUAAAGAUAGUGCGCGUGUGGAAAAUCCUUUCAGUGCGCGGAAAAUUCGUGCCACCCCAAAGAUGUCGUCUGAUCAUUUAACGGUCGUGGAUGUUCCAGAAAAUCGCUUUGAUGAUGCGAUCCAUCAUUUAAAGUGGAAUUUCUUUUCUGACGAACCUUUGAAUCAUGCAGUAGGGCUAUGUGAGAAAGGAGAAAGCCAAUUCGAAUUGGAAAGACAUUGCUUGCUUACUUUAAAGCAAGGAUACUCAAGGAUGCUGGUGAAUCAAAAUGGAAUGAUAGCUGGUAUGGCUUUGAAUGGUAUCUUGAAGAAGGGAGAACGAGAAGAAGCUGAACGUCGUCUCGCAGAAUUAAAUGAUAAAAAAUUCAAAAUAAUUUUCGGGCUCCUCUACAAAGUUAACGAGAAAAUUGAUCUUUUUUCUAAGUACAAUGUAGAUGAAUUGUUCGAAUGUCGAAUACUUAGUAUAGAUGAGAACUUUCGUGGAAAAGGUUUGGCGAACAUACUAAUGGCAGACAGUAUAGAAACUGCAAGAAAUGCUGGUUUCAAGGUUUUCAAAGCUGAUGCUACAGGAAUGUUUUCGCAAAAAGUAUGCUUGAAACAUGGUUUCCAAGUUGAGGCAGAGAUUUUGUACACGGACCUCGAUGAAUCAAUCAGACCAACACCUCCUCAUGAAGCUUUAAAGCUAAUGGUGAAGAUAUUGAAUUAAAAAUAUAGUGAGAAACGAAAUUCAAUGUUAAUCUUGAAAAAUCUUUAAUAAGCAGACAAAGAUAUUACGAAAGAGCAGUAGUAUAAACUAUGUGUAUCGUUGUGUGACAAUAACACGUCUCUAAUGUAUGUUUGUCUCAAAGACGCAUUUAUAAAGUUCUUACAUCUAACUGCAAGGCGAAUCGUAUGCCUCUCUUAGAAAGUAUUAACGAUUUGAGGCAUAGAUUAUUACUCCUUGUCUGUGUUCUGAAUGGUGUGCUGUUAUUAAGAAAAAAAUAUACUUAUAUAUUAUAUAAAAUAUAUAUAUAUAUAUAUUGAGUUGACAAAUGCAAGAAUGAAAAUCCAUUUAAUAUUUUCUUCAUUGGACUUUUGUUCUGCAUUCUGCUAAUUCAAAACGAAACAAAGUGCUCUAAUUUACGUAGUAAAAGAUGUAUGAACAAAAUAAUUAUCUCUUCGUAUGUGGCAAAGAAAUAUAUCAACGAUAAAAUCUGAAACUGAAAUAAUGUGUCAAAUGUUGUAAUUUGACAUUUGUUAACUCUCUAGUUACAUUUCUAUAUAGUUCGCUGGUGGUAAACUGAAAGUAUAUUGUAUAUGUACACAAUAAACAACGUUGGAAGUGUUCGAUUGUGUACGCGUUUUUUUACAGCUACCAAUAAAGACUAACAGAACACGGAAUAGUUCUUGAUCCGUGUCUAACAAUUUUUUGAAAAUAGUGAUUUAGCUUAUGGUUACAGGAAUAACUGGAUGGGUCCAUAUGAGUAUAGAAUAAUAUUACAAAAAUUAUUAUUUUUGUUGACGUCACAUGUUACGAAAAUAUAUCACAAGUUAUUUUGUAAAAGUAAAUCUGCUAAAUAAAUAUUACAGUUUAUAAUGA